CAUCGUCUUCGAGAUUUCGUUGUUGUUGUUGUUGUUGUUGUUGCUGUUAUUGCUAUGACUGUUCAGCGAUAUUGCUACUGAUACGAAUGAGAAAUGAAAUACAAUUGGUUUCUUCCGUUGGUUGUUUAUUUUUUCUGCGGUGAAAUUGUUUUUUAAUUCAAUUUGCACAAAAUUUUAAGUGAACGGUGAUUUCAGUAUGUCAGCGUGUUUGCAUAGCUUUGUUAAAGACGUCGUUCGUCAAAUUUUCGACUCAAAUGAACGGCUUGAUCAGCGGCACUAUCGUUUGUUGUUGAAUUUACCGGCCGUAGAAAAGCAAGCAUUAGCCAAAUCUAUUAUGGAGCUAAAUUGGAAUGUGGGCAGUCCGAUUGCUAUGAAAUACUUACAAAAAUCGAAUAUUCUGAGUAUGUCUGACAUGAUUGUGAACACAUAUAAUCAGAAUCAAGAAGGUGCCCAGCUCAUUUUUAAUGAUCUCUUGGAAACGGAACACAUGCUAUUGGGCGAUUUGGUAAAAAAUUCCAACAGCACGGAUCCAAUCGGAAUGUCAGUAUGCGAAAUAUUGAAUGAAGGAUUCAAGCGGCUGUGCAACGAUGUCAUUCAAAAUCCAAGCAUUUUAGUGACGAAUUAUUUGAGCGAAGUUGAUGAGUAUAUACCAGAAGAAUAUUUCGAAGAACUUCGUCUGAUGCAUCUGAAGCUGAUACUUAACGAUGAUCCAAAAAACACAACCGAUGAUUCGAUUAGUACUCAAUUUGCGUGGAAUAAUGAAAUCACCGACGAACACAUUGUGCUCAAAUCAUUUCUUACCACUAUCGUUGGCAAUGACUUUCACACACAACGAAACACAUUCGAAGCAAUUCUGGAGAAAUGCGACGAUUGGUUACAGCAGAGUUGGAAAACCGUUUUGUUACUAUUGAGAUUUGUGAUUGACAACGAUGUGUGUAGGAAGUUCAACGCCGAACAGCUGUACGAGCUCAAAACGAGGACUAAAAAGUUCUUGCAAAGUACCUUUCGGCGAGCGGUGGAAGAAGAAGACGAAAACGGUUUUCAUGUGCUAUUUUUAGUUGCCAGACAGCUUACACGGUAUAAUGUGUCGGUCUUUGGAGAUUAUGCAACUUGGUUCAAAAUAACAAUCGGUGAAAUGAGCUACAAGCUGAAAUCCAAAGAGUUUACCUUGGUCAUGCAACUCUUAGCCGGUAUGGUUCAGUUGGAAUCGGAUCCAGAUAUUUUAGAUGUGCAUAUAAAUACUUCAAUACAAGCUGCACCGCGUUGCGGUCAGCUCGUUAUGAACUAUAAGCAACUGUGUCAGAGUAGGCAAUUGCAUUUGCAGAGUCCAACCGUGGAGAAUCCAAUUGUGAUAGAUGAAGAUGCCGACGUUUUCAUGUUGGACGAUGAUGAUUAGUACAAGACAAAAUAAUUACACCUUAAAGACUGAAACUACCCUUGAAAAUUAGUAUUUAAAAAUGCAAACAUCAACAAUUGUUCUGUGAAUAAAUCUGAUUUAAUUUUUGGAGA